GUGGUGGCGGCGGAGGCUGGGCUAAGACGUGGCUGGGGCAUCGCAGCCGCCUGUGCAGGCCAUCGGGGCGGCGGCAGGGUCCCUAACGCGUCCUCAGCCGGCUCGGGGGCUCCAAGUGACGGGAGAGUCGGGCCCGGAGAGUCACCCUUCCAUGCCCGCGCGCGGGGCGGGCCGCUGAUGGAGCGCGCCGCGCAUCCCGGGCCGCUUGCUCGGGCGCUGCUGCUCCAGCUGUUGCUCCAGCUGCUGCCCGGGCUGGCGACGGGGACCGUGGCAUCGAGGCGCGCCCCUGACACCCCGGUGCCAUCGGCGGAGGCCGCAUUCGGUCUGGGAGCUGCGGCUGCGCCCACCUCUGCGGUCAGAGCGCCCGCGGCCGGGGCUGUGACCGCGGCGGAGGUGACCGUGGAGGACGCAGAGGCGCUGCCGGCUGCGGCAGAGCAGGAGCCGCGGGAGCCGGAGCCCGAAGAGGAGGCCGAGCUUCAGCCACGCGGCAGAUCAUUAGUGAUUAUCAGCACUUUAGAUGGUCGAAUCGCAGCCUUGGAUCCUGAGAACCAUGGAAAAAAGCAGUGGGAUUUGGAUGUGGGAUCUGGUUCCUUGGUCUCAUCCAGCCUUAGCAAACCAGAGGUAUUUGGGAAUAAGAUGAUAAUUCCUUCCCUGGAUGGAGACCUCUUCCAGUGGGAUCGAGACCGUGAGAGCAUGGAAACAGUUCCAUUUACAGUUGAAUCACUGCUUGAAUCUUCUUACAAAUUUGGAGAUGAUGUCGUCUUGGUUGGAGGGAAAUCUCUUACCACGUAUGGACUCAGUGCAUAUAGCGGAAAGGUGAGGUAUAUCUGCUCAGCUUUGGGUUGUCGCCGAUGGGAUAAUGAUGAAAUGGAACAAGAAGACAUCCUGCUUCUACAACGCACCCAGAAGACUGUUAGAGCUGUUGGACCUCGUAGUGGUAACGAGAAGUGGAAUUUCAGUGUUGGCCACUUUGAACUUCGGUAUGUUCCAGACAUGGAAACGAGAGCUGGAUUCAUUGAAAGCACCUUAAAACCCAGUGGAAACAAAGGAGAAUCUAAAAUAAUUUCAGAUGUGGAAGAACAGGAAGCAGCUAUGAAGGACACAGUCAUAAAAGUCUCGGUAGCUGAUUGGAAGGUUAUGGCAUUUAAUAAGAAGGGAGGACAUCUGGAGUGGGAAUACCAGUUUUGUACUCCAAUUGCAUCUGCCUGGUUGGUAAAAGAUGGUAAGGUCAUUCCCAUCAGUCUUUUUGAUGAUACAAGUUAUACAUCUAGUAAUGAAAUUUUAGAAGAUGAAGAAGACAUUGUCGAAGCUGCCCGAGGAGCCACAGAGAGCAGCGUUUACUUGGGAAUGUACAGAGGGCAGCUGUAUAUGCAGUCAUCUGUCAGAAUUUCAGAAAAGUUUCCUACAAGUCCCAAGGCCUUGGAAUCUGUUAAUAGUGAAAAUGCAAUUAUUCCUUUGCCAACAAUCAAAUGGAAACCCUUAAUUCAUUCUCCUUCCAGAACUCCUGUGUUGGUAGGGUCUGAUGAAUUUGACAAAUGUCUUAGUAAUGAUAAGUUUUCUCAUGAAGAGUACAGUAAUGGUGCACUUUCAAUCCUGCAGUACCCAUAUGACAAUGGUUACUACCUGCCCUACUACAAGAGGGAGAGGAGUAAACGGAGCACCCAGAUCACAGUCCGGUUUCUUGACAACCACAAUUACAAGAACAUCCGCAAGAAAGACCCUGUCCUUCUCUUACACUGGUGGAAAGAAAUUGUUGGAACUAUCCUGUUUUGUAUCAUAGCAACAACUUUUAUUGUGCGCAGACUUUUCCAUCCUCAUCAUCACAGACAAAGAAAGGAAUCUGAAACCCAGUGUCAAACUGAAAAUAAGUAUGAUUCUAUAAAUGGAGAGGCUAAUGACAGUAGCUGGAAUGACAUUAAAAAUUCUGGAUAUGUAUCACGAUAUUUAACAGAUUUUGAACCGGUCCAGUGCAUGGGUCGUGGUGGAUUUGGAGUUGUCUUUGAAGCUAGAAACAAAGUAGAUGACUGCAAUUAUGCCAUCAAGAGAAUUCGUCUCCCCAACAGGGAGCUGGCUCGGGAAAAGGUAAUGCGAGAAGUUAAAGCCUUAGCCAAGCUUGAACACCCAGGAAUUGUCCGAUACUUCAAUGCUUGGUUAGAAACACCACCAGAGAAGUGGCAAGAAAAAAUGGAUGAAAUCUGGUUGAAAGAUGAAAGCACAGACUGGCCGCUCAGCUCUCCUAGCCCUAUGGAUGCACCCUCCGUUAAAAUACGCAGAAUGUAUCCUUUCUCAACCAAGGAACAUAUUGAGAUCAUAGCUCCUUCACCACGGAGAAGCAGGUCUUUUUCAGUAGGGAUUUCCUGUGACCAAACAAGUUCAUCUGAGAGCCAGUUCUCUCCCCUGGAAUUUUCAGGAACGGAGCCUGGAGACGGCAGUGAGUCAGUAGAUGCAAUCUGCCACCUGCAGGACAGCUGCCUCACAGACUGUGAUGCGGAAGAUGGCACUGUGGAUGGCAAUGAUGAGGGACACUCCUUUGAACUCUGUCCUUCUGAGACUUCUCAUGUAAGAUCAAGAGAAAGAACCUCAUCUUCUAUAGUGUUUGAAGAUUCUGGCUGUGACAAUGCAUCCAGUAAAGAACUCAAAACCAACCGAUUACAGAUCGGCAGCCAUUAUGCUCAUCAGCUCAGUGCUUUCAAGCAUUCCAGUAGCCAGUCUUCUUCUGAACCGACUUUGUCUAUCUCACCUCCCAGACCAACCACUUUGAGUUUAGACCUCACAAAAAACACGGCGGAAAAACACCAGCCCGGUUCACCAAAGGUGUACCUUUAUAUUCAGAUGCAGUUGUGCAGAAAGGAAAACCUCAAAGACUGGUUGAAUAGCCGCUGCACCAUUGAGGAGCGAGAAAGGAGCGUGUGUUUGAACAUCUUCCUGCAGAUUGCGGAGGCGGUGGAGUUUCUGCACAGUAAAGGGCUCAUGCACAGGGACCUCAAGCCUUCAAACAUAUUCUUUACAGUGGAUGAUGUUGUGAAGGUUGGCGACUUUGGGUUAGUGACUGCGAUGGACCAGGAUGAGGAAGAGCAGAUGGUCCUGACCCCAAUGCCAGCUUAUGCCAGGCACACAGGGCAAGUGGGCACCAAACUGUAUAUGAGUCCAGAGCAGAUUCAUGGAAACAGCUACUCUCACAAAGUGGACAUCUUUUCUCUAGGUCUCAUUCUGUUUGAAUUGCUGUACCCAUUUGGCACUCAGAUGGAGAGAAUCAUGAUCUUAACUGAUGUAAGAAAUCUCAAAUUUCCACCACUGUUUACUCAAAAAUAUCCUCGGGAGUAUGUGAUGGUUCAAGACAUGCUCUCUCCAUGCCCUGUGGAACGGCCUGAAGCUACAAACAUCAUUGAAAAUGCUGUGUUUGAGGACUUAGAGCUUCCAGGAAGGACUGUGCUCAGACAGAGGUCUCGCUCCUUGAGUUCAUCAGGAACGAAACAUUCAAGACAGUCCAGCAUCUCCCACAGCCCGUUGUCAAGCAGUUAGCCUUACACUGCGCUGGUACCCUCCAUCUCCUCCCCCCAUACACCCCUAACACACACAAACAGGUAACACAGAACAGCCCGCCUCUUAGGAAUGUGACUGUCCAAGAUGGUGAACGCAAAGAUUUUGUUCUUUGCUGAAUUUCAUUUUGGAGUACUUUUUCUCAGUGAGAUUUAAACUGGAUUUGGUGGCAACCUGUAGUUUGAGCUGACUCUUAUUUCGCUUUGCUCAAAGAGGUGCUUAUCACCAGAUUCAUGUGUGGUCCUUUGUCUUCGUUGGUCUCUUGAAACUGGCUGGCCAAGCUUUACAGUCCUCACCUUUUGCCUACAGAGGUAGAAGCAACCUCUGAAAUGUACAGACAGAAGUAAAAUAUUUUUAUAGGACUCGCUACAUGUGGUAACUAGGUGGUUCUAGAACAGUGCUUUCUAGAGAUUUGGUAGUGAGCUGGAAAUUGACUUUAAAAAAAAAAAAAAAAAAAAGCUGACUCCUCUUCUGUCCCUGGUGGGUAAAUUCGGAAUCUACACUAUUUGGGGUGACGAGUAGCACAAACUGUAUACUGGGUGAUGCCCGUAGCUAGUUUUGUAGUGACUUUUGUAGCAUUAAAGAGCUGUAUUCCUUAGGUUCUAGGGAGAGUUUAUGCUUUUUCUAUUUUUUACCUCCAAUAAAGGGGAAAUUGAAGCUUUUUUU